UCGUGCGCGACGUCCUUCUUCCCCUUUUCGCACCCACCCACUAUUGAGCACACUCCUGCCGAGGCGCGACAUGGAUUGACAUUCCAUCAGCUCUCCACACUUUUCUACGCUCGUCACAGCAACCAACCGACUUAUUUUCUGCGACGUACGCCAGAGUAGAGUACUCUCAAAGCUUACCUCCCCUGCCUAUACUCUCCGUGUACUUCCCCGCGAUAGACUAUCACCUAGAGAGAAACCUGCCAUUAACUGUAUUGCAAGCUCUCUGAGUGCAAAGGCUGCGUCGUGUUUGCGAUGAUGCUUGCCUCUCAGCCACAAUACCGUGAACCUGGCCGGCAUCGCAACCUAGUCCCAAAAGCGAGCCCUACAGAGAGACCGGCGCCGCCACGAAAUAAUACACCCCGAACAUUCCCAGAACCGCCGGUAGUGCUCGUUGAUCGAAAGAAGGGGUACAGGUUCACCAGAGGAGGUAUAUUAGGCGAGGGUGGUUUUGCACGAUGCUACGAAGCUUUUGACUCGAAGGGGGAGCAAUUUGCUGUAAAGGUAAUAGCUAAGGCGUCUCUUACAACCUCAAAACAGCGAGCAAAGCUCGUUGCAGAAAUAAGAAUACACCAAAUGCUAUCACAUCCAAAUAUCGUCGGCUUUAAGCACUGUUUUGAAGAUGACGACUUUGUGUACAUGAUCUUGGAACUAUGUGAAAACAAGACAUUUGUGGAAAUGUUGCGAAAAAGACGACGCCUGACCGAGCCGGAAGUCUGCCAUUACAUGUGGCAAUUGCUGGAUGCUGUUCGCGAAGUUCAUCGACGCGGCGUAAUUCACCGCGACUUGAAACUCGGCAACUUGUUUUUGACUCGAGACAUGCAGCUGAAACUUGGGGACUUUGGGCUAGCUGCUAUGAUAAAACAUGACGGCGAGCGAAAGAAAACUAUCUGUGGCACACCGAAUUAUAUCGCACCCGAGGUGCUGUUUGAUACCCAGACAGGCCACAGUUUUGAAGUCGACAUUUGGUCUCUAGGAGUGGUCAUGUACACACUGUUGAUAGGAAAACCGCCGUUCCAGACAAAAGACGUAAAGGCCAUAUACAAGAAAAUUCGUGACAACAGUUACGAUUUCCCCCCUCAAAUUGCAAUAUCUCGAUCUGCAAAAGACAUAAUCACAGCUCUCCUGCAGUCCAGACCAGAGCGCCGACCAUCCGUGGAUGACAUCAUGCAGCACGAAUAUUUUACCGGACAGCCCGUUAUAAAAUCCAUCCCAAUAUCCGCAUUAACCGUAAUACCCGACUUUCUACAAUUACCAGCGAAGGAGCCUUCAUCUGCGGUUGGACGAUCUGUUCUCACGGAUGCAUCAGCAUCGAAGGCUCUACGGACAUCAAACUCCCUUCCCGGAUCUGAUAGACAGCCAAGCCCAAGUCAUAACUCCAACGAAUUGAAUGGGCAUACGGACGCUCUACUUGCCAAAGACUUCGAUCGCCUCAAAAUCGACAGCGAAAAUAGGCCACCAAUACCAAGCUCUUGGAUGCGUCGCCAGCAAUCGUCAGAUUCUCAAAGUGGAAAGGCGAAGUCUAGCACCUCCUCUGGUAUUGCAGAAGGAGCACGUGUAGUUCCAAUGCCAACACCAGAUCCCGACUCAUCAGAUGCAGAUGCCGCAAAUGGACCAAACCGAAGCAGCUCCAGCAACUCCUCUGCAUCCAAACACGAGGUCGAACCGCGUGCCCCACCCUCUCCCCAAAGCGAUGGUGCAUCUACCUUCAAAAUAACAAGCCCUGAGACUGUACGAGCCCGUAAUUCUUCUAGUUUUACUUCACCAAGAUCUGCCGAGAAUCCUCGUAAGAGCGUCAAUGUUUUACAAACAAUGUAUCAGAAUCUGCAAGACGGACUUCGAAGUGAUCGUAUUGGUACUCGGCGAAUUGAUGAGAUGGAAGAAGUCAGUGCUCCGCGCAUAUUUAUCACAAAAUGGAUUGAUUACUCGAAUAAGUAUGGACUGGGAUAUCAACUACGAGAUGGCUCAGUUGGCGUGUAUUUCAAUGACUCCACGAGUAUCAUUCUCGCCGCGGACAAUCACCAUUUCGAGUACCUGUUUUACGAUAAGGGCUCAGACCGAACCGUAAUGCACCGGAAAGCCUAUACAAUGACCCAACAUCCAGAGGAUCUUCUCAAGAAAGUGACACUGAUGAAGCACUUUCGAGGAUACAUGCAGGACAAUCUGUUCAAGGCAUGCAAGCACAGCACCGAUGAUGCGCCUAGGACACAAAACCUUGAUUUCCUCACGAAGUAUCUGCGUACGAAGCAUGGCGUAAUAUUCCGGCUUAGCAAUCACAUUGUUCAGCUCAACCUAUUUGAUCAUUCAAAAGUCAUCCUAUCAAACGAUGGUCGCGUCGUCACUUACAUCGAUCAAAAUCGGGAGUUUACAACCAAAUCACUGAACUCCUUUGUGGGGACUGGAGACAAGGACAUCAUUGACCGGCUAAAAUACAUGCGGGAAGUCCUGUACCAAAUGCUGGUUAAAAAGCAGCGAAAGAGCUCUGGGGAAGCAUGUAAUGUUGGAGAGAGUGGAGCAUAGAUUUCUCCUAAUUCGAGAUAUUGGGAGGCUUGGCUUAACUAAUAGGAUACUUCGGACCAGAAUGUGGAGGAGAAAACAACUGAAAUGUGCCUGAAGUAGCGUGCUACAAUUAUGAGCCUUCCGAUGAAAACGGCACCAUGAUGUGAAAAUUUGGUAUGGCACUUUUGGAUGUUAGACUACCUGGGUCCGAGUAAUUGUUAUUUUCUGGUCGUUGUGGCCAUUUAGAUCGUUAUUUGUUGCCUUGUGCUUUGGCGGACUGCCAUUCAUAUAUUGUGAUUGAGAGGGAUGCCGGCCUACAAUAUUUUGGUUCCAAGGCUGUACAUAAGCUCCACACCCUUCAAUUCCCUUACUCGAUCUAGUGCGUCGGCUGGAAGAAAGAAAGUCAUUUCUCUAACUUAUAAUGUACAAGUCCAGCGCGUGAAUAUCGAUCGCACUUACAAUUUUGGCAUAGUCGAGCACAGGCUAUUGCAAGGUUUCGUUGUACUGUAGGCAUCUUGGCGCUACGGAGGAGGUACACGAGGGGUUCGGUUGCGUUAAGUUUAUGCAACUUCUUGGCGUGGUUAGCUGGGGGAUUCCAAAGUUAUUACGAUAAAUCAACAGGAAAGGC